GACAAAUUGAACUCUAGGCGAUCCGUAGCUCCGAAUGACGACAUCGUGGAGCGUCCGGAAAGCAGUAGUCGGAGCGGCGCAAUCUCAUGACGUCACUCCGCCGUCAACCAGCUAAGAAACAUCAGGAUGGCCGCGUCUGUGAGACAGGAUCUCACCCAGCUGAUGAGCUCCAGUGGUUCUCACAAGGACCUGGCUGGGAAAUAUCGUCAAAUUUUAGAGAAAGCCCUUCAGCUUGUUGGACAAGAGCAGCUUGAAGCUCUCAAGGCCUUUGUAGAAGCAAUGGUGAAUGAGAAUGUCAGCCUAGUCAUUUCACGUCAGCUGCUCACAGACUUUUGCAGCCAUCUUCCGAGUUUGCCUGAUGGUAUUGCCAAAGAGGUUUAUCAUUUCACCCUUGAAAAGAUCCAGCCACGAGUCAUUUCUUUUGAAGAACAGGUCGCAUCUAUUAGGCAGCACUUGGCAUCCAUUUAUGAGAAGGAAGAAGACUGGAGGAACGCAGCACAAGUAUUAGUUGGGAUACCAUUGGAAACAGGACAGAAACAGUACAAUGUUGACUAUAAACUGGAAACCUACCUGAAGAUCGCCCGGCUAUACCUGGAGGAUGAUGACCCAGUACAAGCUGAAGCAUACAUAAACCGGGCCUCCUUACUACAGAAUGAGUCCACCAAUGAGCAGCUGCAAAUCCACUACAAGGUUUGCUAUGCCCGGGUUCUAGACUACAGGAGAAAGUUCAUAGAAGCUGCCCAGAGAUACAAUGAAUUGUCAUACAAAACCAUAGUGCAUGAAACAGAGCGGAUGGAAGCACUUAAGCAUGCACUGCAUUGUACCAUCCUUGCUUCUGCAGGACAGCAACGUUCCCGAAUGUUGGCAACGCUGUUUAAGGAUGAACGAUGCCAACAGCUUUCCGCCUAUGGGAUUCUGGAGAAGAUGUACCUUGACAGAAUCAUCCGAGGAAACCAACUGCAAGAGUUUGCCGCUAUGCUUAUGCCACAUCAGAAAGCAACUACUGGGGAUGGUUCAAGUAUCCUGGAUAGAGCAGUAAUAGAGCAUAAUUUGCUGUCAGCAAGCAAACUGUACAACAAUAUAACAUUUGAGGAGCUUGGAGCAUUACUAGAAAUUCCUGCUGCCAAGGCAGAGAAGAUUGCGUCUCAGAUGAUCACAGAGGGAAGAAUGAAUGGAUUCAUUGAUCAGAUUGAUGGCAUUGUUCACUUUGAGACUCGUGAAGCUUUACCUACAUGGGACAAACAGAUCCAGUCACUGUGUUUUCAAGUCAAUAACCUUCUAGAAAAGAUAAGUCAGACGGCACCAGAGUGGACCGCACAGGCCAUGGAGGCUCAGAUGGCUCAGUGAAAACUAUACCUGUGUGUGUUGUUUUUUUUUCUUUAGGAUCAUACAUAAUACCUGUGUGGUAACUAUGCACUUAGCGGACUUUUUUUUGUAAGAAUUUUGUUUUUCAUGCAACAUUUAUUGGAUGCUGGAAGCGGCAGUGUUUAUGUGGCAUGCACCUCAAAUAAAGGGUCAUUUCUUU